UUUUAAGGCAUCAAAAUGUCGCCAGCACAUUUUAUUUUAUGUGUGCUGAGCUGCAUUGCAUUUUCCGGAGUGACAAAUGCCGUCUAUGAGGACUGCAAAACACCUCCGCCAGUCGAUAAUGCCAGAGCUGAUCUGGUCGAGGACGAGAUCAAUCAUGUGAACACCGCAAUCUACAACUGUGCGGUGGGUUAUGUGAUGAAAGGUCCCAAUCAGUUGAACUGCAACGUGAACACCGAGGAAUGGCAGGGUGAUCCACCCACUUGUGUCAAGGCCAAGGGAACGCAGCACAAGAAGAAAAUGUUGUCUUAUCCCGAGGAACAAAAUGUGCCCAGUGAGUUGGUCCCCAAGCUGGACCUGAGCUGCAUUCAGGCCAAGAUUCAGGCCCCAGAGAUCAGUCAUGGCAUUGUCUCCACAUACGAACGUCGUCGACGAGGCGACAAAGUGUUCCUGGUGGCCUAUUAUGCCUGCAAUGAGAACUACGACUUUGAGAGGAGCCAAGUCUACGCUCUCUUCUGUAGCGCUAAGCAGUGGGUGGGAGAAUUGCCCACCUGCUUGCCCCGAGUUGAAUACACUGAUGAUGACGAUGCUGCCAACGAUUAUGACGAGGAUGAUUACGAAACGACCGAGGAUGAAGCUGAUGGUUUGGACAGCGAAUCCCAGUUGGCUGAGAAUCCAGCAGAGAAUCCAGUGGUACCACCUCCACCACCGCCUCCAGCUAACAAUGAGGACUUACAACCGCAGGUGGAGACUGAGACUAUAGUGGAGACUGUAGUACAGCCUGUAGUGGAGACUGUAGUCCAACCUGUAGUGGAGACUGUAGUUGAACCUAUAGUUGAGACUGAAGUACAGUCCGUCCCAUCAGUUGAUCCUCAAACAGCGGGCGAACCCGUUGUUGUAGUGCCCGUGGAAUCAGAUGCAGGUCAGAGCAAGACAGAAGCUGCCACCGAUAUCAGCAUUGUUGUGGCCCCCACUAAGGAUCCAUAUACGCCACGUCUGCUGGACGAGAACUGUGGUGAGGAUCGUGGUGGAUGCGCCCACAAAUGUGAGCGAUUGUUGUUCCCCGGUGAGAAUGAGCCACGUCUCUCCUGCAGCUGCCACAAGGGCUACACUCUGGAUCCCACAGAUGCAUCCAGCUGUCUUGACAUCGAUGAGUGCCAGGAGUCGAAUGGCGGCUGCUCUCAAAUCUGCAACAAUUUUCCUGGCAGCUUUGAAUGCGCCUGUGAAAAGGGAUAUCAAAUCGAUGUCCAGACUGGCAACACCUGCAUCGAUAUUGAUGAGUGCAUAAAUGCCGAACUAAGCGCCGAGUGUGCUAAUGGUUGUGAGAACCUUCCCGGAUCCUAUCGUUGUGUGAUUCCCUUGAACAACAAGGAGGAGAUCGAGGAGGAGACUGACCAGGAUCCCAAGAAAGUGGAUGACAUCGAGGUGGAACUUGAACCUACCAAAGUGGAGACACCAGUGGAGCCCGAAGUGAAGUCGGAGCCGACGCCGACGCUGAGUUGUAAUCCGGGCUUUGUUCUGUCGACGGAUGCCAGCGAGUGUCAGGACAUCAAUGAGUGUGAUGUCGUGGUGGAGGACGACAGCAAUGCGGAUCAUGUGCCUCAUCGGGUCUGUCAGCAGCUGUGCGAGAACACAAUUGGAUCCUUCCGCUGCAGCUGCCGCGCUGGUUACCAUCUGCUCGAGGAUCAGAGCAGCUGUGCCCCCGACAGCUGCCAGGACUUGGAUAAUCCCCAGCUGAAUCGCACACGGUGUGCUCAUCAGUGUGAGAAUCUGGCCAAUGAAUCGGGAUACGUGUGUGUCUGUCCCGAGGGUUACACCCUGGGGGAGGAUCAGCACAGUUGUCAGGUGGUGGAGACUGUCUGCAGCCGGGAACAGGGACACGAACGCUGUCGCCCGGGAAGUUGCCUCGUCAGCGAGGACAACAGCACUUUUAGUUGCCUGUGUCCACCUGGCUAUGCCAGCGAGAUCUUCAGCUGCCAGGACAUCGACGAAUGCGCUGCGGGAACACACAAAUGCAGUCACGACUGCUUCAACACCGCCGGAGGCUAUCAGUGCCUCUGUCCCCGCGGUAUGUCCCUCCAGCAACCCGAGGCACUCACAUGUGUUGCCCCCGAUCCCUGUGCCGUCAACAACAAUGGCUGUGAGCAACUCUGCCUCAGUGCGGAACAAGGAUCCUGCACCUGCAGCAAGGGAUUUGUCCUUAGUGACGAUAACAAGAGCUGCACCGAUAUCGAUGAGUGUGCUGUGGAUAAUGGAGGUUGUCAGCAACUCUGCCGCAAUUUGCCAGGCUCGCACAGCUGCGCCUGCGAUAAGGGCUAUGAGCUGACCGACGACGGGCACAGCUGCCAGGAUGUGGACGAGUGUGCCGGUCUCCUUUCGGGCGGUUGCACGCACGAGUGCAUCAACCAUCCGGGCAGCUACGAAUGCGGCUGUCCCCUGGGCUACCUUCUCCAGGAGGACGAGCACAGUUGUCAACCUGCUCUCGUGGGUUGUCCCCCCGGCACUCGGCACACGGAUAAGGGAUGCGAACCCAUCGACUGUGGUUUGGGAAUGUUGAUUGGCGUCGAUGGCGACUGUGUGGACAUUGACGAGUGUCAGGUGAACAACGGCGGCUGUUCGCAUCUGUGUGAGAAUACCAAGGGAUCCUUCAAGUGCAAUUGUCCUCAAGGAUAUCAACUUGCAACGAAUACACACGACUGCGAGGAUGUCAAUGAAUGUGCUGUGGACAACGGCGGCUGCCAGGAGAGUUGCAUCAAUGAACCUGGAAGCUUCAAGUGCCAGUGCGGUGAGGGCAAGAGAUUGUCCUUCGAUCAAAAAACCUGCCUUGAUCUUAAGCCGAGAACACAGUUCACAUCUCCGCUGCCAGAGGCUGUUCCUGCUCCAAGAGAGCGACCACUGCCUCCACCAGUUCCUGUAGCACCUGCUAUUCCCUUGUUCCCUUCAGAGAUACCGGAUGCACCUACCAAACCUUUAAUUCCUUUAUCACCUCUGCCGUCUUUCACACCCUCAGUGACCUCGGCAUCACCUGCUACACCUUUAACCCCUGUUGCGCCUACUAGACCUUUGAUGCCUUUAGCACCUGCUACACCUGUGACCCCCUCAUUUCCCAGCCUCGUCAGGGAUCAUUGUGAGCGCUUCGAGGCUCCUAAAAACGGUCAGGCACAUUGCAACAGAUAUCGCCACAAGCGGAAACUCUUCUACAACACACGUUGCAAGGUGCGAUGCAACCCUGGCUUUCGACUGCUCGGAUCCGAAAUCCGAACCUGCGGUGCCACCGGAAACUGGGAGGGAGAGGCUAACAAGUGUGUGCCUUUAACCCAAUCUCGUCGUGUUUGGAUGACAGACACUGUGCCAACUGUAUACACUCAAGUGUCCAGCUGUCCGGCUUUGCCCGUGCCUCACAAUGGUGCCAUUACUCCGAGCUGUACUCGAGGUGCCUCCAAACAUGGCGACAGCUGUUUUUUGAAUUGCAACAUGGGCUUUGCGCCAGUUGGAGGUAUAUUAACUACUUGUUGGAAUGGUGCUUGGACUUUAGGCAGCGUUUUGGACUGCAAACCUUUUGGAUUUAACGCAUUGAACAAUGACAUCCCGAGACCGAUACAGGCACCAUGGCAGAUUAAAUCCUUUGGACAACAAUCCCUUCCGCUGCCAGUACACACUCAACCCCAACACAUUAAGCCAUACAUCAAGUGUCCAGAGAAUGUGGCUAUCAUACUGAAUCCCCUGCAGACCAAGGCUCAUGUCAUUCUACAGAAGCCGGCAACAAAUGUGGACUAUCGACAUGUUGCCACAUCUCCCGCUUGGGCAAAACAGUUGCAAGGACACCUGCCUGAGGGAAUCCACAAGAUCAUCUUUAGAGCACAUGAUCCUGUGACAGGUCAAGCCGUUGGCUGCCAAACAAUCAUCACUAUCAAAAGGACAUCGACGGUCGCGAGUCAAAAUCCUUUUGAUUUUAAGCCCCUUUCACUGCCAGAGCGUAAAAUGCCUGCACGAUUUCCCGAAUUCUCUUUUAAGCCUGCGUCAAGCUCAAAACAAUUUGAGAGCUUAAUUGAUGCAUCUCCUUCGUCCCUGACAAGACCAGCUGAGAAGCUCGCUGAAGAGCCGUCAUCUUCGAGAACUUUGGAAAAUGCACGCAACGAUCUCGGAACAUCCCAAUCCAGCUACUGUCCUCCUUCCUUUGAGGUUCAAUUAAAGGAGAAUCAGAACCUGCGUUCCGUUCUCUGGGAAGAGCCACAAUUUGAGGGUAAACUCCUCAAAGUAUUCAAGUCAUCUUUCCCUGGUGCUCUGUUUGGUGUAGGCGAUCAUACCGUCAAAUAUGAGGCAACUACCACAGAUGGUCGCACUCUGAUCUGUUCUUUCCAAAUUCAUGUCAAACCUGGCAAACCUGCAUCCGUUCCGAUGCCUUCAGAGAUAAACUAUGCAGAUGCUUUGUUCCCUAGUUCACCUACACAGGAAACGCACAGCAGCCUCAUUGAAGGACUCGAAUCUUAUGUUGUUUGUCCCAACAAGGAGCCUAUUAAAGUGACCCCUAACCAAUCCGUCAACCUUCCCGUUGGCUGCACUCUAAAGAACGUUCGCCCACAGUCUACAAGUCUACGAACUCAGCCAAAGCACGGCCGACUCACCUCACUCUGGCGUCAAUAUGCUCAUUUCUAAUUUAUUUUUAAUUAUUAAUUAGUUAUCAUUUACGCUAGUUAAAUGUAUCGAACUUUUAUAAAACUUACGAGCACUUGAUUACAUUUUUAUCCAUAUUUUUUAAUAAAUAAUUAUUAUUUUUUUUUAAA